AUCAUGGAGGAGGACGGUGGCGCUGCUGCCGCGGUGGCCGCCGCCGCCGCUGCGGCUGCACGGGAGCUGCUGACCAGGGAGAUAAAGAAGAGGCUGCUGGACCAUACCCACGAGAAUGGGAAUGGCCAUGGCCAUGCCAAUGGAGGAGGACCAGAGGAGCUCGAGGCUACUCCUGAGGUGGAGGAGGAGGAUGCUCCUCAAGAGCCCAAGGUUGCUGAAGAGGAGCAGCAGCGGCACAAGAGUACCUUCUUCGAUGCAGCCAAAGGACUAUGGAAGUGCUGGCACUGCGAUUGGGCGUACCGCUUGGCUAGUCGGUGCGGAAAUAGUACCGCCGCUGCUGCUGCUGCCACCCCAGGGGAGCUGUUGACCAGGCAGAUCAAGAAGAGGCUGCUGGUCCAUGCCCAUGAGAAUGGGAAUGGUCAUGGCCAUGUCAAUGGAGAAGAAGCAGAGGAGCUCGAGGCUUCUGAGGAGGAGCAGAAGGAGGAGGAAGAGGCUCCUGAUGAACCCAAGGUUGCUGAAGAGGAGCAGCAGCCGCACAAGAGUAUCUUCUUCGAUGCAGCCAAAGGACUGUGGAAGUGCCGGCACUGCGAUUGGACGUACCGCCUGAGUAGUCCGUGUGGAAAUGGUACCGUAGAACAUCGAGGCUUAUUAAAACCAGAGCAUUUGGCAGUUGAAUCAUAUUCGGAGAACCAAGCUGCUGCAGAUCCAGUGACGAUGCCACUUCAGUCCGAGAUGCAGGACUCCAUCGACACAAGCACUAAAACUGAAUCUCGCACAUAUGCUCAUCAUAGUCAUGGCACAAUUGUAAAACCAGAACACUCGAUAACCGAAUCAUCAUCGGAAGAUCAUAGCACGACAACCACGACAACUACAACCACAUUGGCAACUGCUACCACAUCCUCUACAACCACAUCAGCAGCAGCGACAACCUACUCAUCGUCUUCUACAGGAAUCUUUCACGUAGAAGUAAUGGAGGAGAUGACAGGUGAGAUGCCUCCCCCGAAGCGUGCCGAUGGAGUUAUCAUGGAUGCAAUUCACCACCUACUUGGACAUGAAGAUGUUCAUGGAACUACGACGACAACCUUCGAGAAUGGCUCAUUAACCACCCAUGUAAGUCACACAACAGAACUCAAGGUCGAUUGCCUGAAUGUGACCACUAUGGCGAGGGGCAAUAUACCAACCUCGCCGAUUCCUCAAGCAGCAGAUCAACCUUAUGUAGCAGUGUCAGUCCCUGAAGAUCUGAAUCCGGCUGCUCAUAGCCCCCAACAAAGUGAUGAAUGGGAUAUACCAAAAGCCAUAGUGUAUGGUGGCUUAGUGGAGUCAGUCACCAGCCUCUCCGUUGUUUCAGCAGCAGCAUCAAGUGGAGCAAAAACAUUGGACAUAUUCAUCUUGGGCAUAGCCAACCUUAUGGGAGGGCUUCCUCUCAUUUUCCACAAUAUUGCCGAUCUAAGAGACAUUCGAGAUGUGACCGAGGACAACGAGCGGGUCGGCCACUACUGGUUGCAGCUUGGCAGGCGGUCGAAAGCCCGACUCCACAUGAUCCUGGCCCUUCUCUCAUACAUCGUGUUCGGGCUACUUCCACCAAUCCUCUACGGGCUGUCGUUCCGUGAGAGCAAUGACAGGGAGAACAAGAUGACGGCAGUCGCCGGUGCUUCACUCGCCUGCAUUUCUUUUCUAGCACUUGGAAAGGCGCAUGUCAAGGGAGCACCCAGGACAUACUUCAAGACCCUAAUGUACUACCUGACGGUCGCUGUGAGCUCAUCGGGGCUGUCGUACGUCGCCGGCGUGCUGAUCACGCGGCUCUUAGUGUACUUUGGAAUUAUCGAGCAAGGUGGGUCGGCUGCUCCUCCUUCUCCGGGCCUGUCGUUCCCUCAUUCAGUGGGUGCACAAACAUCUGCCUGGGCCUCAUUCUGAAUGGGAAACAGUGCUGAAAAAGAGAAGACAUGUAUGACAGUAUGAGUGGCAACCAUACAUGUAUGACAGUAUGGGUGUUUGAUCCUGACAUAUUGAUAGCAGCACUGAACUGGCAACCAAGCACCUGAGAAUGACCAAUUGAAAUGAACACAGGCCACUGAGAUGACCACACCACACCAAGCAAAGCAAACACCCAUGAAAUUAUAUACCCCCUCCAUUCCCUUAUACAAGGCCACUAUGAAAAAUACAUUUUGCAUCUAUAUAAGGCCACUAACAGUUAUCGAGGCAAAAAUUAAUGAUGUUUUCUCGUACUAACAACUUGUUUAAUACUUGCAUGUUGUUAAACAUUCACAUUGUACUAUCUUUAUCUCAUUAUCCCUUCUUCUCCAAGAUGUAAUCCUAACGAUGUAUGCGCUACAGGGAGGUGC